UCAUGACCACUGUGAUUUUCACAAUACCUCAGAGAACAAUAUUGAUUUUUACUUCCCAAUGUGUAAACCAAUCUGAAGGUAGCGAAACACACUGCAAAUAUGUUGCACAAGGACUUCAAUAGUUAAAUAAAAUUAUGAAAGUGUUAGCUAUGUGUUCGCAAUGAUCAAAUUGAAGUUACUUUCGAUUUUUGUGGUAUUCUAUUCGAAAAGUGACUAUUUACAGUCUUCUUUUAUUGUUUUGUAUUGAGCUCGAUCAAUACCAGCACGAUGGCUGAAUCAAAUAGUGACCAAAACUCGAACAAUGAAAAUGAAGUAAACAUCCGCAGAGGGCUCGAUGUUAUCCAAAGCAUGAUAGAUAUAUCUGCAGAUCGUUUGGAAGGGUUGAGGACUCAAUGUGCAACGAGCGCAGAAUUAACACAGCAAGAGAUACGGACACUGGAAACAAAAUUAGUGAAAAUGUUUUCGGAAUUACUUCUGACUAAGGCAAAACUACCAGAACGCUUACCCAGCCGAGGUCUUCCAGCCACAGGAAAUGAACUACGGCAGUGGCUACGAGUUGUUGGCCUGAGUUCCACAUCAUUGAACGUUGUGAUACAAAAAGUAAAUUCUCUGGAACUAUUGCUUGAUAAAAGUGAAGAAGAGCUACGAGACAUAUUAGUCAACAACAUUACCGCACGUGAUGAGGAACUGCGUCGCUUGGUACGUGCUAUGAGUAAUUUGAGACGUUGUCGGGAUCUUCUGCGUUCAGGCGAACUAAAAGAACCCAUGGAUUUAUUCUGGGACUCCUGGGAUAGACAUUCAUCUCAUCACCGUGCAUCUCCUAGAAUAUGUCGCGCACCGCCGAGAAUAGGCUCUAAAUCAAUACAAACUAGUCACCGAGUAAAUGGCAUUGUACGAAGUCCCAUAGAAGCAAAUCCUCCAGCUUCUGCCUCACAAGAUAUCAUAUCAGAACGAUUACUCCAUCCGCAUAGCAUUAUGUCUCCCGAGGAGACUUCAACCUGUACUUUAACACCGUCACCAUCACCCCCAGCAUCUCCAUCCAAUGUAGCGCAGUUGAAACAAGCGAAGAAAAAUUUUCCGACUACGCCACCGCCGAAAAGGAAGCAUCAAACACAAAUUAAGCAUGUCGCAAAGCAACAGCCCCCAAUGCACCAUCAACAAGCACCACAAAACAACAAUUUAACAACAGCAGUAUCUGUAAAUUCGAAUGCGAACAAUGCUAACAGUGAUCAAUUUGUAUCGCUGAUUAAAUCAAAAUCACAUGAGUCACAGUUCUUAUCUAGUCAACCAUUAUUGUUAUCGGAAUGUAUCAGCGUCAGUCAACAGAACAAGAUGAACUCCAACAACAACACCUCGAGCUUACAGUCACAGCCAAAUGUUGAUAACGGAAGUGUUUCCGUGACAGGUAUGCGUUCGCGUCUAUACACUGAACCUACCCCCGAUCAGCAAUCUUGCAUUGAGCCUACAGACAACAACAUACCUUCAUCACAGAACGUAUCUAUUCCACCAAAAUCUCCAUGUACGCCAAUUAUAACGCGUGGAAUGGGUCACAUAAUACAACAUCGUUUCACCAAAAAGUUCAAGGUUACGAAAAGUACCUGUGGUCUGUGUAACAAACAAAUGUUUUUCGGUUUUAAGUGUACAGAAUGUAAAUAUCGAUGCCAUAAAGAUUGUAAAUCGAAAGUUCCCCCCUCUUGCGGAUUGCCGCCAGAAUUUGUAGAUAUAUUCAAAGCGACUUUGCAGUCCGAUACACUGAUGCCGAACGCAUCACCGAAUCUCGGAAAUCGAUCUAUGUAUGCGAGAGAACGAGCUCGUGUCCCUGUGCACGGAAUCCAUGGAGGACCGGACAGCAGUUCUGCAGGCUCAAGUUGUAACAGUUCGUCGCCAUCUAGUCCGGCUCUGCUUUCUCUGCCACCGCAAACGCCCGCUGCUUCAAAACAUUCACAGUUCCACUUCCCGGAAGUUCCCAAUGGAAAUAAAGCAUGCCAUGAUGGAAUCACAAUCGAAACGCAUCCGAUAAGUAUUCACAGUAAAACGGUUAAUCCCAAUGUGGACAUGGGCGGUCAUGUGAGCCGUAUACCUAAACUGCAUCUUUCAAAGUUGCCAGAAUCGCACCAAAGCAACGACAGUGACAAAACUGGUUCAACCAGCGCAGCUAGCACAGAUUCGUCGUCGGAACGGACACCGAUUCGGCUGGAUUCAACUGAAGAGCGUGAACAUGACAACUGGCCUCGUCAAAAUAGUUUAUCCUUGAAAGAGUGGGACAUUCCAUACGAUGAUCUGAAACUAUUGGAGAAAAUAGGCAACGGUCGAUUCGGUACAGUUCAUCGUGCACUUUGGCACGGCGAUGUUGCGGUGAAGCUGUUAAAGGAAGAUUACGUAGCGGAUGAAAGAACUCUCGAAGCAUUCAAAUUAGAAGUGGCGACAUUCAAAAAAACUCGUCACGAAAAUGUUGUUCUGUUCAUGGGUGCAUGUAUGAAACCUCCAAGAUUGGCCAUUGUUACAUCUCUCUGUAAAGGAAACACACUGUACACACAUAUUCAUAUACGAAAAGACAAGUUUAACUUAAACCGUACUACUAUUGUCGCUCAGCAAAUUUCACAAGGAAUGGGCUAUUUACACGCGAGAGGCAUUGUUCAUAAAGAUUUGAGAACAAAAAACAUUUUUCUCGAAAAUGGGAAAGUGAUUAUAACUGAUUUCGGACUUUUCAGUGCCACCAAACUGUUUUAUUGUGAUUUAGGAUUAGGUAUCCCAAGCGGAUGGUUGUGCUACUUAGCACCUGAAUUAAUGUGUAAACUUACUUCUUAUCGUCCCUUAGUUGAAGAUCUGCCUUUCUCGAAAGCAUCCGAUAUUUAUUCAUUCGGAACGGUCUGGUAUGAGCUACUCUGUGGAGAAUUUCCAUUCAAAGCCCAACCGCCGGAAUCUGUUAUAUGGCAAGUUGGUCGCGGAAUGAAACAAACACUGGCAAAUCUUCAAGCAUCGCGUGAUGUGAAAGAUAUAUUGAUGGUUUGUUGGACAUAUCAAGCAGACGAUCGACCAGAUUUCGCAAAACUUUUAACCUUGCUUGAGCGUUUACCUAAAAAACGUCUGGCUCGUUCGCCCUCUCACCCCGUUCAACUGUCUCGAUCAGCUGAGUCGGUUUUCUAAAGCAAAAACAUUUUACUGUUUUUAUUAUCACUACAUUACUAGACACCUGAAAGUAAUUUUAAAACAAAUUGAUCUAGCUGUUUAGCGCAAACGUAGGAGAAGAAUUAGUUUAAUUUAAGUUCAAAAACUCAGUUAUUCAUACUUCGCAUGGAUAUUGUACAAAAUCAUUAAAAAUAGUAAACAAAAAAAGGAAGAAAGAAAAAUGAGAUACAAAUGGCAUCGAAAAUUCCAAACUUAUUUGAACAUGCAUAGGCGUUGCGCGAGUAAACCAUAACAAGUUUGAGUGGCUGAGCGCGCGACAAUACUUUAGAACGCUAUUAACACGUAUAUGCUCUAUAAAUAAGACGCUUAUUUGGUGAAUAUGUUGAGCAAAUAAAUACAAACAUUGAAUAAAACAAAAAUCAUAAUGUUGUAGUUGAGUAAUGAAAGACACUGAAUUUUACACAAUAGAUUUAAUUUGACUAUACAUUUCAUUUUUGUUGUAAACUGUUAAAACUGUUUAUUGGACAAACAUGAAAUAAACAAAUACAA